AUGCCUAUUAAGGUUCAAAAUCGUACAUUAAAACCAGGUCAAUUAAAUGUUACCCAAAAAACAUAUGAUAAUAUUGUCUUACAACAAUUAAGAGAACUCUGGACAAAUUAUGGUACUUUAGAUGAAAUAUGGUUUGAUGGCGGAUAUACAACAAGUUUAAAAGAUCCAAUAACUGCAUUACUAACAGAACUUCAACCUGAAGCAAUUGCAUUUAAUGGUUAUGGUGUAUCACUGAAUUCUGCAAGAUGGAUUGGUACUGAAAUGGGUAUUGCACCUGAUCCAAAUUGGUCAACAGGAAUAACAAAUGAUGGUGGUGAUCCAAAUAGUUCAAUAUUUUGUCCAGCUGAAUGUGAUACAACUCUUCAAAAUAAAGAUCGAUGGUUUUGGGGUGUUAAUGCAACACUUCGUUCACUUUCUGAAUUAAUUCAAGUCUAUCAUGAAACAGUUGGUCGAAAUUGUUUAUUAAUGCUUGAUCUAACACCUGAUAGAACAGGUCUUAUACCACCUGCUUAUGCACGUCGAUAUAAAGAAUUAGGUGAUUUUAUUCGUUCAUGUUAUGGAACAUCUGUUUUACCUAUGGAAAAUCUUAUAUCUGAUGAUUCACUUGAAUAUAUUCAAUUAUUUGUUUCAUCACCAGUUACUGUUGAUCGUUCAGUUAUUCAAGAAGAUCAAACUUAUGGUCAAGUUAUUCGAUCAUAUAUUGUUGAUGUAAAAUUAGUUAAUACAACAAAUACUCAUCAAUGGAUGAUAGUAGCACAAGGUACAAGUAUUGGUAAUAAAAAAAUUGAUUUAUGGCAAGUAGGACCACUACUUAUCAAUGCUGUUCGAUUAACCAUUACAAAAACAGUUGAUAAACCUGUGAUAAAAUCAUUUACUGUUCAUUUAUGUAAUUGA